ACCUCCUCCUCCUCCACCCCUCCCCCUCCUCCUCCACCUCUUCCACCUCCUCCUCCACCUCCUCCUCCACCUCUCGUUCACGAUGGCCCGCGCAGCCUGGGUUCAGCGAAUAUGGGCGGACUUGACGACGAAGGAAUUCCUUCCGAUCAAGGCUAUUCUGUUCCUGGUUUCCGGAGCCAUGUACGUCUUGUUCCCCUUCCUGACGAUCCACGCGAGGUCCCUGGGCGUCUCGGAGAAGGAGCUCUCCCUCCUGUACGCCUUCAACCCCAUCAUCGCCCUCUUCGGUCCGCCCCUCACCGGCAUCUUGGCGGACAGGAUCGGGAAUUUCAAGGCGAGGUGUUUUUAAGCGGGAUGACAGCGCUCGGUGGAUUGUCGGCUUUGCUCUAUCUGGCCAUCCCUGCGGCUCGCCAGAAGGUCGCUUUGCCUGAGUACGUGACCUUUGACCUCGACUGCAGUGUCGGUGACCUCCGCAGCCUCGGCCUUCAACCUCCAGCUGAGUGCGACUUCAUUCAGGACCUCAAGGAGUUUAAUGUUACUUUCACGAACUGCACUGAGUGUGAAGUCUUCAGGUCCGCCAGCGGCCCUCUGCCUCGCCGCGGGAAUCUGGAGAGCGAGGAGGUGGCGGUGACCGUGGGCAGUGACGUCAACUCUACCUUCCUAACAGUGAAUGGAUGGUCAUGUCCAGAUACGCUGAUAGAGAUAGAAGGCCUCAGCGACCCCAGCCUCGCCUCCUACAACGUGAGCACGCCCUCGACGGUCCUCCCAUGCGCGGGCGGCUGCGUGGGCGUCUCCCGUCGCGAGGGCGUCUGCAGCAACACCUUCACGAUGGUUGACAACUCGCCCUUCGCUACGCUGGCCGGAUACCUGGUGGUGCGGUUGCUGAAUGUCUUCACCCUCGCCACGACGGGCACGCUCUUCAAUGGCGCCGCUGUAGCCAUCCUGAAGCAGAAAGGCGGAGACUACGGCCUGCAGAAGGUGUACGGUAGUCUCGGCUCCAUCGUCCUCACGCCGAUCUCGGGUCUCCUCAUCGACGUGUUCUCCGACGCCUCCGGAAGACAGGACUUUAGACCCGCCUUCUUUCUUUACUUCGCCCUCAAGCUGGCAGGAUCCAUCUGCAUUCUCUACCUCAAGCUGGACUUCAAGAUGCCGUCCAACAAGGUCAUGAAGGACUUCCGGGAGGCCGUCAAGAAACCGGAAAUCAUCACGUUCCUUAUGGUUAUGCUUAUAUCAGGAGCAUGUUUUGGAGUCCUAGAUACCUUCUUGUUCUGGCUCCUGCAGGAUAUGGGCGCCAAGAAGUCACUCAUGGGCAUCACGGUGUCUGUGGGCACGGCAGCGGGCAUCCCAAUCUUGUUAGUGUCUGGCCAAAUGAUUCAAAAGUUGGGACACGUCAACACCAUUAUUCUUGGGUUCGCCUUUUACGUCAUCAGGAUGUUAGGCUAUUCCCUCAUCACAAACCCGUGGUGGAGUCUGCCCUUCGAAAUGCUGGAGUGCUUCACCGUCUCCCUCAUGAGCACGGCCGCCGUUACGUACACUGCAGACCUGUCCACACCUGCCACCAUCGCUAGUCUGCAGGGCAUGUACGGCGGAAUUCACUAUGGAGUCGGACGUGGCUUGGGUAGUCUGCUGGGCGGGUUCCUGAUCGGCCCGCUCGGCAUCCGCACCACCUUCAGACUCAUGGCCAUCGUGUGCCUCGUCACCUGCAUAGCGUAUUUCGUGAUCAAUCGAUCAUUCUUCCGAAAACACCAGUUGGAGAGGAAGAAGCGGCUGGCCGAGGAGAAGCAAGAGGAGAAGAAAGAGGAAGAAGCGCAGAAAAACGCAGUGAAUAUGACCGAGAAUGACCCGGAGGUCGCGAUCAAAAGUAGUUCCACAGAAAACGGUGUAACGGAAGGGAAGACCAAAGAAAACGUUGUGACGGAAGAGAAAACCAAAGAUAACGGGGAUAAAAGUCUGAAAGAAGAGACAAAUCCUGCUUUCGAGAAUGACCAAGACAAAUAAAAUAAAAUUGAGAUAGAUUUAAUGCUUGUACAUAUAUAUAUAUAUAUAUAUAUAUAUAUAUACACAUAUAUACACAUACACACAUAUAUAUGUAUGUGUGUGAUUAAUAGAUACAUAUAGAUCAGUGUGUAAAUAGAUUGAGAGCGACUAACUGAUAGAUUGGUAGACUGAUAGGUAGACAUUUAUAUGGUAGAUCUGUAGAGAUAAUUUUGUGUCCUGCCUUUCAUGGAUCUGAUUUUGUCUUUCCCUCCCUCCCUAUCCCUCUCUCUCCCCCUAUCCCAUUUUCUCUCUAUCUCUAUCCUUCUCCCUCCCUCUCUCCCUUCAUGUCUUUUAUACAUGUACAGAAAUUAUUUAUUACCUUCAUAUGGAUAACAUUCUAUCAUAGCAUUCGAAAUAUUCCGCCUUUGUUUUCACUUUGAUUGCCUUUUUCCUUUUAAUAAAAGUUUAUAAACUUAAGUGUUGAAUGCAAAACUCAUUUUCCUUAACAUACCAUUUGUAUCACCAGCUGUGGUUGUUGGGAAAGAUUCUCCUCUAAAGUAAAACCCCUUUUUAGUUUGUUAAACAUUCCAUCCUUUCUACAGUAUAAUACAAUAUGAAAUAUUCUCCACAAUGUAAUAAACAAAUGUAAGUUUA